CUUCUUUAUAACCUUCAUGAUCUAAUUUAUAUUUUUGCAGCCAUUUCCACUUACACAGCGACCUAUGGUUUGCACGUGCUUCCUGUAUAUGUAUGUACAACCUGUUUGGUGAUUUAUGAAUGGUUUUGUUAAUUAAUUUUACCGAAAUGACAAAAGAAUUUUACUCAAAUAAUGAUGAAAUGGAUGAGGAUAUUGAUGAAACACAAAUAGUUGAAAAUGACAAAACAAAAAUUGAAAUAGAGUUACAAACAGGACUAAUUUUAAUUGAUGGAUUAACAAGUAUUGAAAAUGGUGAACAAAUAUUGAAAAAAGAAAAAAUUCAAAUUGAACAAGAGUUAAAUUUACAAUUAAUUGAUUGCAAUGACGAAGAAACAUCAAAAGAAUUUUAUUCAAACCAUGAUGAAAUGGAUGAGAAUAUUGAUGAGAUGUUGAAAAAAUCAAAAAUUAAAAUUGAACAAGCUUUACAUUCGGAAUUAAUUAUAAAAGAUGAAGAUUUCGACGAAAUGUUUAACAGAUGUGAAUCAGAAAAUGAUGAAAUGUUAAAAGAAAUUCACACAAAUACACAAGAAGAGCUUUUUUCGUGUGAUGUUUGUAACCAAAAAUUCAACAAAAAAACUAGCUUGAAAAUACAUAGACGAGUUCAUUCUGGAGAGAAACCUUAUUCUUGUAAUAUUUGUAAUAAAACAUUCAAAGAAAAAAGUAAUCUUGCUGUACAUGAACGAAGACAUACAGGCGAAAAACCCUAUUCAUGUGAAAUUUGUGAUAAAACAUUUGCUACUGCUGGUGAUCUAAGUAAACAUAAAAAAAUUCAUAAUGGAGAAAAGCCGCAUGCAUGUGAUGUUUGUGACCAAAAGUUCAGAACUAGUACCAAAUUAACUUAUCAUAAACGAACUCAUACCGGCGAAAAACCCUAUUCAUGUGAAAUUUGUGAUAAAACAUUCGCUGACGCUAGUAAUCUAUGUACACAUAAAAAAAUUCAUAAUGGAGAAAAGCCGCAUGCAUGUGAUGUUUGUGACCAAAAGUUCAGAACUAGUACCAAAUUAACUUCUCAUAAACGAACUCAUACCGGCGAAAAACCCUAUUCAUGUGAAAUUUGUGAUAAAACAUUCGCUGCUACUAGUAAUCUAUGUACACAUAAAAAAAUUCAUAAUGGAGAAAAGCCGCAUGCAUGUGAUGUUUGUGACCAAAAGUUCAGAACUAGUACCAAAUUAACUUAUCAUAAACGAACUCAUACAGGAGAAAAACCUUACGUAUGUGAUGUAUGUGAUAAAGCAUUCACCAGCAACGGCAAUUUAGUUAGACAUAAACGAAUCCAUACAGGAGAAAGACUUUAUUCUUGUAAUGUUUGUAAUAAAAAAUUCACUCAUUCUGGGAAUAUGGUUAGACAUAAACUUGUUCAUUCUGGAGAAAAACCUUAUUCUUGUAAUAUUUGUAAUAAAACAUUCAGAUAUAAAUGUUAUGUUGCUGUACAUGAACGAAGGCAUACCGGAGAAAAACGUUAUUCUUGUAAUAUUUGUGAUAAAACAUUCAGAGUAAAAUCUAAUCUUGCUGUACAUAAACGAACACAUACUCAAGAAAAACCUUUUAAAUGUGAAAUUUGUGAUCAAAAAUUUACUUCGAAUUUACUUUUAUUGAGACACAAACGAAUUCAUACAGCAGAAGAAUAUUUUGAUUGUGAUGUUUGUGGUAAAAUAUUCUACCGUAAAGAAUAUUUACAUACUCAUAAAAGAACUCAUACGGGAGAAAGACCUCACUCAUGUAAUGUUUGUAAUAAAACAUUUACUCAGCACAGCAGCCUAAAUGCACACAAACGAACUCAUACAGGAGAGAAGCCAUAUACAUGUGAUGUUUGUGAUAAAGCAUUCAGUCUGAAGCAUGUUUUAACUAAGCAUAAACGAACACAUUUAGGAGACAAGCCAUAUUGUUGUUAUGUUUGUCAUAGAACAUUUAGCAUGAAAAUAAACUUUGUAAAACAUAGAAGAUUUCAUAGUGAUCAAACUCCAUAUGCGUGUGAAGAUUGCGACAGAAUAUUUACAAAUAAAAACGAAUUGAAUGAUCAUAAACAUCUAAACGUUAUUAUUUUAAUUAACAAAUAAAAAAAUUUUAAAUCAA